UUUUUUGCUACGUUUGUCACAGUUUCUAUUAUGUGCAGGAUUGCAUAUUCAUUCAGAAUUACUUCAUUUAAGCUUGUUAUUGCGACAUCUUGUUAAUGGGGAAGUGAUUACCCUGUAGACUAUGACAACAGGAUAUGUGAAUGAAGGAGGUCAUGGAAAACACCGCUGUUCCAGGUGGAAUCAUGAGGAUAGUGGAGAAGAUGAUGGGCACCCGGAGUGCUAUGGAGGAGAUGAAGAGAACAGGCAGCACAGGCUGACCCCAUUUGAGAAACUAAUGCAGGAUAUGUCUCACAAUGAAAAAGUGGUGAAAGAAUUAACCCUGGGAAAGAGAAUUGCCUUCUAUCGAGUCAGAGGAGAAAUAGGAAGUGGGAAUUUCUCACAAGUGAAGCUUGGAAUUCAUUCCCUAACUAAAGAGAAAGUUGCAAUUAAGAUUUUAGACAAGACAAAGCUAGACCGGAAGACUCAGCGUUUGCUGUCUCAUGAGAUAUCCAGCAUGGAGAAGCUGCACCACCCAAAUAUCAUCAGGCUGUAUGAAGUGGUGGAGACACUCUCAAAACUGCACCUGGUGAUGGAGUAUGCAGCAGGUGGGGAGCUCUUCACUAAAAUCAGUACAGAAGGAAAGCUGCUAGAAACAGAGUGUAAAAUAAUCUUCUCCCAGAUUGUGUCUGCUGUGAAGCACAUGCAUGACAAUAAUAUAAUUCACCGGGACCUGAAAGCAGAAAACGUCUUCUACGCCAGUAACACCUGUGUUAAGGUGGGAGACUUUGGAUUCAGCACAAUAAGUAAAAGAGAUGAAACUUUAAAAACUUUCUGUGGCUCUCCUCCUUAUGCUGCUCCUGAACUCUUCCGAGAUGAAAACUAUAUAGGCAUCUAUGUGGACAUCUGGGCACUAGGAAUCCUACUGUACUUCAUGAUGACGGGUAGCAUGCCAUUUCGGGCAGAUACUGUAGGCAAACUGAAGAAGUGCAUUCUUGAAGGGACAUACACCUUGCCUCCCUGCCUCUCAGAAAAUUGCCAGAAACUGAUAAAAGGAGUCCUUCAGCCCAUACCAACCAAGCGAUACUCUGUCAAACUGAUUAUGAACAGCGAAUGGAUGCAAGGCAUACAGUUUCCCAAACCUUUACAGACAUUUAAACUGGAUCCUAAGUAUUUAUCAGACAUCAGUAUGCUCAAAGAAGAAGAAAUUGAAGUGAAAAAUAUUCUGGAAGAUCUGGGAAUCACAGAGCAGCACAUUCAAAAUAACCGGGGAAGAGAUGCACGCAGCUCAAUAACAGGGGUCUACAGGAUUGUGCUGCACAGAGUACAGAAGAAAAGGGCACUUGAAUCUGUUCCUAUCAUGUCCCACCCAGAUCCCACAGAACAAGACUUGAGGAAAGCAAUCCAUUCUUACAGUGGGAUUAAGCACACAUCCAAGCUGUGUUCUAUUUUAUAAAUUGGCACUGCGGACUUUAUACUC